GCGGCGGCCACUCUGCUCGACAGCCCCGUCAUCAGUUGGCUCGCUCGCUCGCUCGCAUGGCUUUACAUGAAAAUCUUCGCUUCUAUGUGGGCAAAGAUGCCUACCAUCUCGUCGAUGAGGGACCACAGGGCCAGACAUUGACCAUCACCCGCAAGACCAACGAGAUCAUCGUCAACAAUGGUGCUAAGCGGCCUCAGCAAUAUGACACGAUGCUCAAAGUCUACGGCUUGUUCGGCAUCGUCUCCUUGCUCAACUCCGAGUAUAUCAUCCUCAUCACGGGCAUCAAGCGCGUGGCCACGUUGCUCUCCCAUCCCGUCUAUCAAGCGACAGACUUCAAAGUCUUCGCCAUAGAGCCCAUGCCAUUCGAAUGGACCGUCGACAAAGUUCUCGCCGCCGGCCAUCCUAACGAGAAAUACCUGCUCUCGCUCGUCAAGUCGCAUCUCUAUUCGGGGCCUUUCUACUUUAGCUACGGUUAUGACCUCACUAGAUCUCUCCAGGCACAGAGCAAAUCUGGCAACAACGGGCCAGCAUGGAAACUCGCAGAUGAUCGUUUCUUCUGGAACAAGUACCUUCAGUCUCGUAUGAUCGAAACUGCCUCGCGACAGGAUGUCUCAAAAUUCAUUCUGCCCGUCAUCUUCGGCUUCUUUGAGAUCAAGCAAGCCGACGCAAACGGUCGCGACUUCCUCUUUGGUGUCAUCUCCCGUCGCUCUCGCUAUCGUGCAGGAACGCGCUACUUCUCUCGCGGUAUCGAUUUGGACGGCCAUGUCGCCAACUUCAACGAAACAGAAAUGCUCACACUCAUGGACAAGCCCAGCCAUGGCUCUGCCGUGGGAGGCAAUAGAGCGCCCAUCAAGGGUGAGAUAAGAGGGAGCUACAUCCAGACGCGAGGAAGCGUUCCCAUCUUCUGGGCGGAGAUCAACAAUCUGCGCUACAAGCCAGACCUCAAGAUCAUGGAUCUUGACGCUACUCACGAAGCAACGAAGAAACACUUUGACGAGCAGGUCGAGAUCUACGGCGACCAGUUCUUGGUCAGUCUGGUCAACCAGAAAGGCUACGAAAGACCCGUCAAAGAAGGCUACGAAAAGGCCGUCCAGACGUUGGGCAAUCCUCGCGUUCACUACACGUACUUUGACUAUCAUCACGAGUGCAAGGGCAUGCGAUUCGAUCGCGUCUCAAUCCUCAUCGACAAGCUAGAAAGCGAUCUCAUCAGACAAGGGUAUUUCUUUCACGAUACCUCGUCGAGCCAGACGCCACAGAAGACACAGACCUCGGUCGUCCGGACAAAUUGCAUGGAUUGUCUCGAUCGAACCGGCGUCGUCCAAGCUGCUCUCGCCAAGUGGGCCCUGACACAACAACUCCAAGCAGUCGGUAUUUUCAGCUCAAAGGAGACUGUCGACGAUCACCCUCGCUUGCAGCAUAUCUUCCGCAAUCUAUGGGCUGACAAUGCUGACGGCGUCAGCGUGGCCUAUUCUGGCACGGGCGCACUCAAGACCGAUUACACGAGGACAGGGAAACGCUCGAAGCAGGGUGCGCUUCAAGACGGCAUCAACUCGGCAGUGCGAUACAUCAAGAACAACUUCCUCGAUGGACCCCGACAGGACGCCUAUGACGUCGUGACGGGUCGAUGGCAACCCAGGAAAGGAAGAGAUGCCGCUUUCGGCGAUGCGAGACCUUUCUUUGCCCGCUUCGUGCCUUAUGUACUGCUACUAUCGAUCGUGGCGCUCUUCUUUGGCAUCUCUUCACCACGAUUUACCAGUCAGAACUUUUACCCACUCAAGACUUUCUUUGCCUUCUGGAUCGUCGUCACUGUCAUUUCGACCGCUUACAUUGCCGCCCACGGCGUAGACUAUGUCGCUUAUCCUCGACUCAACCCCCUCACGGACAUCAUCACGUACGACGGCAAAGGCUACGAGUCCGGACGAAAGGGUCGCGCGAGCUUUGCUGCUCUCGCUCGUCUGCCGGCGACGAUGCAUCGUAAGAUGGAGAGUCUGGCCGAGGUCGAACUGGGCAAGAAACGAGUGGACUAGACGUUUCGCGCGUGAUCUCUACUGAAUGCAAUCGAGUUUACAUGUCGUACGUCGACCAUGCGUAUGCCUGCGCGUUCUGCGUCUUCUUGAGAUUGGCUUGCUGCAACAGCUUCUUCUCGAAGCCAUUGCCGCGAUCGACGCCGUCCCAUCGAUAGCCAGGCUUGAUACCGAAGCGAUUAGGCGCGGGCGCAGGCCCGUUGUAUUGCGGUCGCGUUGAUUUGCGACUGGUCUCUGUCUUGCU